AAUUCAUGUCAAGUCUCCGACCAAACACCUCUGUAACCUGAAACCCUCUUCUUCCCCUCCUUUGCUAGUACCCGAAAACCUAGAUAACAACGAAUCGAGGAAGUCACGACCGAAGCUCUGUGGGGAAGGCACCGACGGAGCUGCGGCUUGUGAACGGAGACGAGGAAGUCGGGAUAAGUGCGGUUCUAAGUUAAAUCCGAUGAAAAUGCUUGGAUUUAGUAAGCCUGGGGUUUAAGGAUGAAAACAAAAGUUCUGUGUCGGGGAUUUCAAAUGAUACAAUCUCAAAGAUAACUGAGAGCCAUUACAUAGCCGAUGCUCCACUGCAGCAAGCUCUUCAAUCGUCUAUUUCAUUUUCUCCCUUCACGUCCUCUCUCUAGCCCACAACCUUGGCUCUUUAUCGGACUUGGCAAUCCUGGUGAAAAGUACCAAUUCACGAGGCACAAUGUGGGCUUUGACAUGAUCGACACUUUUGCACGAUCACUUGGAAUUUCAAUGGCUUCUAUCCAUUUCAAAUCCUACUUUGGUGGAGGAGAAUUUGAGGGCACCCCAGUCCUCCUUGCAAAACCACAGACUUACAUGAAUCUUAGCGGCGAAUCUACAGGGCCGCUUGCAGCAUAUUACAAACUUCCUUUGAACCGUGUUCUUGUGAUUUACGAUGACAUGGAUUUGCCUUGUGGAGUUCUUCGCAUACAACCACGAGGGGGACAUGGACACCAUAAUGGGCUGAAGAACGUCAUCUAUCAUUUUCAUGGGAACAGGGAGUUUUGCCGGCUACGAGUUGGCAUUGGAAGGCCACCCGGACAAAUGGAUCCCAAAGCGUUUCUGCUGCAAAAUUUUAACAAAACUGCCCGUGUGAGGAUUGAUGCCGCCUUGGAAGAGGGGGUCGAAAUCUUGAAGAUGCUUUUAACCAGAGGAUUGACAGAGUGCGCCAAUUCUGCUAAUGCUGAGCAAAAAUAUAAGCAUCUAAGAGUGCAGAAUCUGCCAUCAUGAUCUUCUUCCUUUUUAUCAAGUCUCUCUGUCUUAUACUUGACUAUAUAUUCUAAGGGAAUUUUGAACAUAACACCUGAAGUUUGUUGUUUAUGUUUGCAACAUUUUGGUAUCAUAACCCAUUGCAUAAAGGUGCAUUUCUCUUUUAAAAUGUUAGUAAUAAUGAUAUUUUUGAUAUGAUAUUUAAAAAUUUGAGCGUUAUGUAUGUAAUAAGUUUGAAGUGCAGUGUUAGACUUGUGAAUGCAUAAGAAUUUCGUGGUAUAUAUGUAAAUAUGGAAAUGACUCCUUUGGCAA